AUGCCACCAAAUGCACCUGAACCUCCAGGGACCCCUACUCGAAAGGCCACUGUAGAUCACGAACGCAACAAUGUAUUCGCUACUCGCAUCAGCUUUCUGUGCAGUAAUUGGGACCUGGGGCUUGAUAUCAACAAACGAACCACGGAUGCUGAUGGAGAAAGCACGCUGGACUGCAAGUGUGUGAGCAUGCUCAGAUUCUGCCAAUAUAAAGACCUCCUCGAAGCGGUUUUGAAUGAAUUCGAGUCUAAGGCUAGGAUCCUUUAUAACGGCUGGGUCAACAAGCCUAAAGCCGAGAGAGGGACUAUCCCUGCCGUGACGCGUCGACAGAAGAGGCCCGUGAAUGAUAGGGAAAGAAAUGUUCUUUUACAAUGCUUGUACAAUAUCUCCAGGGAACACAAUGCAAGCUGGCAUAAAAAUCAUGGCCGCACACCUGAGUCUAUUCUACGCAGAAUCCGGGAAGCAGAGGGAAAAUUCGAUGCAGAUCCUGUUCCGGCCCCGAGCCUCCUCAAUCCGACUCCAAGAAGAGUCAGCAGCGAGAAGCGUGCUAGGGAGGAGUCAUUUCCUGAUAUAUCUAUCACAAAAAAGAGUAAGGUUGCGGAUUCGGAACCACUACAACGAAAUUCAAGUGAUAUGGCACCACCACGCGGCCGGCCACUAAGACAGGAGCCGAAACCACCUUUCGAGACAAAUACUUCCACGAGAAAAGCAAACCCGAGCUUUGCGCGAAGCGUUAACACUAGUUUUACUGAAUCUGAAGUAUCGGCUGUAUUCACGCAAAGUGGCAACAGUUCUUGGGCAGCUACUCAAGAAACCGUACCGGAUGAGCUGCCUGUUAUGAAAGACGCAUUCACUACCUUACAGGAUGAAAAUUACAUCAGCUCAAACUAUGAGUCGAGCAGCUUUGAAGCUCGAGUCGGAGAUAUCCCGGAAGAUGAGCUUAUUGAAAUGGUUGACGUCGCCAGAGCUGCUAGUCCUGUAGAAGAGGAACUGUCUCAAGAUCUUUUAGGCUUCGGCAUUAGCAAGGAACCAAUUAUCGAAGAGACUGUCGGCGAAACACAAUUUCGGGAACGGAACAUUCCCUGA